AUGACAACCGCUGCUGAUGAUACUACAUGUAGUAAUAUAUUUGAUAAUAAUCAAAUACAUUUAGAAAUUAAUAUUGAACAAGAUGACAAUGACAAUGAUAUUAACAACGGCGGUCAAGUAUAUUUGAUUAAUCAAUAUGUCAACUAUUUAGACAAUCUAACUUUGAUUGAUAAGUCUACUCUUUUAUUACCUUGGUCUUAUAUAGGUAAUAGUAGUAGUAAUACUACCUAUAUCUAUUUAAAUUCAAAUCAUAUUGAUCAAUUUAAACAAUUUCAUUCAACUCGUAAUGAUUCUUUAUCAUCAUUAAUAGUAAUAAAUGUUGAAAAGAAAUUAGCAUGUCAUCAAUCAAGAGGAAAACUAUCAAUUUUAGAUUAUUCUAAAAUAGUAAAGAAUUUUAAUCAUCAAUUUAAAAUAGAUGAUCAUAUUAAACCAACAACAAUAUCAACUUUUAAUAAUGUUGGUAAUAAUAAUAAUAAUAAUCUGAAGUGGAAUCCAAUUUAUAAUGAUUAUUUAAUUGAAUCUAAAAGAAAUCAAUUAAAUAUUAUAAAUUUAACUAUGAUUGAUCCAAUUUCAAUUGUAUUAUUAAAAUCAUUUAAAUCAAGAAUUAAAUCAUUUCAUUGGAGUUUAAAUGGUAAUCAAAUAAUUGUAUGUACAAGUGAAGAAAUAUGGAGUUGUAAUUGGUCAAUUAAAAAUGGAAUAGAGAAUGAAUGUUUCUAUAAUACAUUAAAUUCAAAAAAUACAAAUACAUCAAUACAAUGGUUAGAUAAUAAUCAUUUUAUUGUUGGUACUGAAAUGACUAGAUUAUUACCAACAUCAACAUUGACAACAACAACAAAUCAAUUAAUUCAAAUUAAAGAAUCUAUUACUACAAAGACUUUUAAUAUUAUUGAACCACCAAAAGAUGAAUCAGAUGAAAUAAUAACAUUUGGAAAUAAUAGUAAAAGUUCAACUAUUCAAUCAAUGUUUAUGAUUCAAAAAGAAGAAGAAAAAGAAAAAGAAAAAGAAGAGGAUAAUAUUAUGACAUCAAAAUUAAUAUUAUUUAAAUUUGAUAACAAUCAAUACUUAAGAGAAUAUAAAUUAGAUAAUAAUAUGAUAGUACCAGAUUUAAUGACAUAUAAUAUAGAACAUUCUAUUUUAGCAAUUGCUUCAAGUAAUAAUACUUGGAUUAAAUGUUUCAAAUAUCAUCAUCAUCAACAAAAAGAAGAAAAUAAUAGUACCCUAGAAUUGAUAUCAAGUUUUCAAUUUAAAAAAGAAGAUUCUUCUUCUUCUUUAAAAAUUAAAGGCUUACGGUUUCAAUCAAAUAGAUUUAGUAGUAGUAGUAGUAGUAGUAGUAGUAGUAGUAGUAGUAUAGAAGCAGAAAAAGAAGAUAAUAUACCUCUUCCUCCUAAUCUUAAUCUUGAUGAUAACAAUACAUUGAUAGAAUAUAAUGAAAGAUGUUAUAUGACAAUCAAUUUAAUGAAAUCAUUAAAGUUUAAAUUGGGACAAUGGAUUAUGAUACAUAUCAAACAACAACAAGAAGAAGAAAAGGAAGAAGUAGAUAUAACAUUUAUAGUUAAAUGUUGGACAAGUAGAUUAAUCUAUGAUGAUACUAUCAUUCAAUGUAAUCCAAUCGUUCAAUUGAUUAGUAAAAAAGAAGAUCAAUCAAAUAUUACAAUCAAUAGAUACCCAAUUAAAAUUAAUGGUAUCUAUCCAUUAAAUGAAUCAAUAUCAAUUAUUGAUCGUAUUGAUAUUAAAUUAUUAAAUAAUCAUCAUUUUAAAAAUCAAUUUAUUAAAGAAAUGAUAAAAAAUAAGGUAUUGAUGAAUGGAUGUUUAUUUGGUAAUAGUGAUAAUCUAUUAUUUAAAGUAUUAAAAGUUUAUACCUCUGACAAUAAUAAUAAUAAUACAAAGAUUGGAAUGAUAAAAAACAAAACAUUGAUAAAUAUAAAGAAACAAAUGGAAAUUAUAGAUGAAAUGGAAUUGGAAAAGAAAAGAUUAAAACAUUUAUUAUUAAAUAGAAAAAAAUCAACAAACAAUAAUCAAAAUAAUAAUCAAAAUAAUAUAAAAGUAGCAGGAUUAGAAGAACAAUUUAAUCUUUUAGAAGAGAUGAUAAUAUAUCCAAUGAUUUAUGGAUUUGAAAGAUUUCAAAUUGAAACACCAAAAGGAUUACUUUUAAAGGGUGAACCAGGAACUGGUAAAACCAAUUUAAUACGUAGUUUUUGUGAAUAUUUCAAUUUGACAUUGGUGACGGCCGAUGCAUCAAGUUUGGGUGGUCAAUAUUUGGGCGAUACAGAAGCAAAUCUAAGAAGGGUAUUUGAAACGGCCAAUGAUUAUGCUUUGGAAUCGUCAAUGCCAUGUGUAUUAUUUAUCGAUGAAGUGGAUACACUAUGCCCACCAAGAAGCGAUAGUUCACAACAUGAAGCACGUGUAGUUGGUCAAUUACUCACUCUGAUGGAUGGUAUCAAAUCAAGAGGCAAAUUAAUUGUCGUAGCUGCAACGAAUCGUCCAAAUCAUAUUGACCCUGCUCUACGUAGACCAGGUCGUUUUGAUAGAGAAUUACAAAUACCUAUCCCAAACCCUCAACAAAGACUGGAAAUAUUAAAGUAUUAUUCAAAGUCUUUACCAUUGGAUCCAAAUUUAAAUUUAGAAUUAUUAAAUGAUAAUUUGGUUGGUUAUGUUGGCGCAAAUAUUCAAUCUCUAGUUAGAGAUACUUUAAAUCAUUUUCUUUUAAAUCAAAAUCAAAAUCAAAUGUUUAUAAAUAUCGGAGAUUUUAAAGAAUCAUUAAAAUUUAAUAAUAACAAAUCAUUGUCUUCAUUUAAUAUUCAAUUAAAUGAAAAUGAAAAGAUUGGAUGGAAUGAUGUUGGUGGAUUAAAAGAAAUUAAAUUGGAAUUGCAACGUGCAAUUGAAUGGCCAUUAUUAUAUAGUGAGGCAUUUAAAAGAUUUAAUUUAUCACCACCAAAAGGAAUUAUUCUUUAUGGACCACCUGGAUGUUCAAAAACAACGCUGGUCAAGGCAAUUGCAAGUCGAUCAAAUCUAUCAUUUAUAUCACUGUCUGGAGCAAGUAUUUUUUCACCCUAUCUUGGAGACUCUGAAGCAAUUAUUAGAGAUGUAUUUAAAAAGGCAAGACAAUCAUCACCAAUCUCUAAACGAUCGACAGACAGCAAUAAUGGAGAUAGUGCACAAUCACGUGUAUUAUCAACAUUUUUAAAUGAAAUGGAUGGUGUUGAACAAUUAAAUGGUGUUAUUGUUGUUGGUGCAACCAAUCGUCUAGAUAUGAUUGAUGCUGCAUUAUUAAGACCUGAAUAG